CUUUUUUGAUUUUCGCCUGUUGGUUUUGUUUGAUUGGCUGAUAAACCAAACUAAUCGGAAAGAACAGGACCUCGGGUUUUUUUUUUUGCAAGUGACCAAUAAUUUGUCUUUUCCUGUUAAUGCUGCAUGCAUAUAAUGCAAAAAAAUAAAAAUAAAAAAAACCCAAGCACAUGCCGCCCAAACUUGUUUAUUUUUAUUUUGUCAUCCAUUGCGCCAUCCGAAAAAAGCAAUGCUUUUUUUUCUUUUUCAUCCGCUUCAAUCCCUACUUUGCUUUGUCUUGUUUUGCUUUGUUUUCUCUUUCCUCAACUGUUUUUAUUAUUUCUCGCAACAUUCAAUUCAAUUCGAUUCGAUUCAAUUCAAUUCAAUUCGUUUCAAUUCAAUUCAAUUCAAUUCGAGAUAAUAAUAAAAUGCUCGCUGCACUCAAGUCCGCCGCCGUGCUCAAGCCC